AUGAACUCUUCAGGAAAUAACGAAAAUUUUGAGGGCAGUAACUCCAGACCUUUCUUCUAUGUGCCGCCCAUGGCCCAGCAGCCUCACCUGGGUCUCUGGUACCAGAAUCCUGCCUAUAAUCCACUCUCCAUUUCUGGGGCAGCUUUCACAAAUGGAAGUUUGUAUUUUCCAAUGGUGCUCAGUGAGUAUCCUGCCUUCCUCGUCCCUCAGUCCCCAUUGCCCACUACUGUUAACCGAAGAUCCAUCGUCCCUAUGUUAUGUAACACGGCACAGUUCCGACAGUAUGGUGGCUAUUGGGAAAAAAUGAAAACCAAGGAUACACAAACAGAAGCUGAACCUCAACCGGCUGAAAACUUGAAUGAAAAACAAGACGUGCCCUCAGAAGGCGACGGCCCUGAGAUGGGAAAGGUGACCAGUAUUCCUGCGAGUACAUCAAACGAAACGAUGCCAUCAUAUGAUGUGGUUUAUGGUAAAGAUAUGCCACAGAAGGAGAUGCUGCAAAAUGGGAUUUCACAAAGUUUCUGUGAAAGUAGAGGAAUGCUUUUUAACUCUUACGAGGGUAGAGACCGCAUGAGCUUGGAUGAAACAGAGAAGAGAUAUGCAGCUCUUUCCCCAAACCCACCACCUCUGAAUGACAGAGAUGAGAUCCAGAAUACCCAGAACUCAAAAUUGUAUCAGUCUAUUGGAGAUAUGAACAAGCUUCAUCAGGAACGGGCACUCUGUGCCAGUAUGGAAGCAGUUAAAGACCUGAGCCUACACUCAGAAUCAUCUCAGAAGCCCUUUACUGCAGGGGAAAGUAUGCCAGAGAACAGUAGCGGGAGCCAUGGCUCCCCUGAGGCUGUGGGUGAAGAGGUAGAGAGCAACAGCUGCCCUGAGAUGGCCAUCCCACCCCCUCCCUGCUUGGCUCAGGUCAGCAAAGUAGAUGAGGGCAUCCAGUGCGACUUGACUUGGUGGACUGAGGUACAGUCUGGGAAUUCCCCUGGGUCUUCACCAGGAAGUGGUAGGAAGGGAGCAGAGCAGAUGUCAGUGGGGAGCAGGAACCAGGAUGAAGUCUAUGAGGUGGAGAACAAUGGCUGCGGGGGGCGCGUUCCCUCCCCUGCCUGGUUGGCCCAGGUCCACAAAGUGGAUGAGGGCAUCCAGUGCAACGUGAGUUGCUCUGAAGUCCAGGUAGAGAAAUUCCCCCAGCAGAUCCCCUCCAGGGGUGAAGAGACAGCAUCAGACAGCGAAACCAAGGGAUCUUGGAAACAGCAAAUCACCAAUAGGAAAUUAAGUGCAGAUAAAGAGGAAAUGAUCAUGAAUGAUGAGACUGGGGAGGUGUCUAAUGAGAAUUUGAAAAGGUGUGCAAAGAUUAAAAAGACUGUGAAAGGCAGGAAGCUGAAAGAGCUGAGCAGCUUCUCAAAUGUUAAGACAGCCUAUCUGUUGAAGAAAAGUGCUGUCUUGACCAUUGUGCUUCCUGAGGAUUCAGAAGACUCUGAGUUGGAAGAGGAGGGUGACAUGGAUGAGGUAGAAUGCCUUCUUGAAGUGAGUCCACAGAGCCCUCUGACAUCUUCCAGAAGAAGGUCUUAUCACAAGGCUGGAAGGAUAAUCAGGAUGUCACCUGAGAGCUCUCUCCCUCCUCAACUUAUGGUUUGGCCCACCAGAAAUAAGUGCAAGUUACUACACGCUUAUGGUGAAUGUGAGUGUGUCCCUGCAGUUUAUCGGUGGAGACGACAGGAUGGCUGUGAAAGCACUGGUGUUGGGCUCCGCAGCAGACCCGCCAUGGCCAAGCAGGAGGGACUGCAGUCCCAGAGAGCCUCUUACAGGUCACUGGAAUGUAAGUGA